GAAAAAUGUCAAGAGAGAUUGACACGGUCAAGGUUGUUCCGUGUGUUGAUAAGCUGGGGAGGAUAUAGGAGAGAAAGACUGAGCGAGGAAUUACUCACGUGAGAAUUUGUCGAUGGUGUUGCUGAGCUGUCUCACUGGUAACUCCUGAAGAAUAGCUCUCGUUGCAAAGUGUAUUUUAGAGACGACCUCUACGGACAAAACAUGAGGCACAAAACAAAUCCAAGUAGGCCUUAUACGAAUACCUAAUGGACUGUACACACUGAAUCCGGGAUUUCGUAUCCUUGCCAAAACGUGUUGAACUUCCAAACGUAGGCCAGAAUCCUGCGCUAGUGACUAGAACGUUCUCUGCACUCAAAGGAUAGCCGACAAACUUUACCUUCAAACUAAGGAAAAACUCAAAGAUCCGGCAUGUAUUAUCAAGUUACCGGAUGAUUCAGUGCCGCUGCGGACACAAAAAGUAAAUGGUAAACAGUGGCAGCAGGCGACAGCUGUGAUUGGCUGUUUUCAUACCACGUGGUCCCAGAGGCGCUAGCAUGCGAUAACUAUGUCAGGACAGUGCCAGAGUGAAAUAAAUUUUAUAAAUCGAAACAUGCAGAAAACAUACUUCGAAACUAAUCACGCUGGCUACCCGGGCUAUUAUCAGAACACUAACGGGUAUAGCUAUGACAGCAACUUUGACCAAGUGAGUGAUGGUGGUUAUUAUAGGGAGCGCGCGGGCCGCGGCCAGUGCUACAUGCAGACUCCGAUUAGUCCGGUGGCCCCUUGUGCGGAAAACGGGACGUACCUGCAGAAUUAUUCCAACCAGUGCAUGCAGGAUUCGGAUACAAACGGUUCGAUACACCCUGGUCAAGUGACACCGAACCACGGCCCACCGAAACAGGAGAUCUACCCUUGGAUGAGGGAGUCCCGCCAAAAUUCAAAAGCCAAACAACUCGCGGAAAUUGGAGACGUGACAAUGCAUUGGAGGAUGGGAUGGAAAAGCAAAAGAGCUGAUUCUGAUGAUCCCAACUACAAUGGAAAAGAACUCACCGGCCCUCCGAAACGUUCACGGACAGCCUACACCAGCGCUCAACUGGUCGAACUCGAGAAAGAAUUCCAUUUCAAUCGCUACUUGUGUCGACCAAGGAGAAUAGAGAUGGCCGCCUUACUUAAUCUCUCGGAACGACAGAUAAAAAUCUGGUUUCAAAAUCGUCGGAUGAAAUACAAAAAGGACCAAAAACAGAAGAACUUGAUGGAAAAAAUACACCUUGAAUCAAAAGGAGGGAAACUCGACCCGGAUGAUUGUAGUUUGUUGUCUCCGACUUCGGGAAACGAGUCUGAAACUGACUCAUCACAUACACCAGGUUCUCAGGAUCCUGGGGACAAGAGUCUCAAUAAGUCACCCAUAAACUGCCACUCUCAACCACUCACGCCCCCUCCAGGGCAAUUCCAACAAAUGUUAAACGAUGAACGGCACAAUAUUUCUCCAAUGGACGGCAGCCAUCAUGGCGUGACGUCAGGUUACGGUCUCUCGCCUUUCACGCCUCCAAUGCAGUCAGCAGCGCCUCCUAGCGACCUAAGUCACGUACCGUGUUCUAGCAAUGGCAUGAGCAUGCAGAAUGUACAUGGCUACAUGCAGCAGAGUAUGCAUAUACCUCUUCAGCAUCCACAGGAAAAUAACUAUUACAUGAACAACUCCGUCUCGUAUUCUCAGGGAAGUUACGGUGUGUCGCCUCCUAAAUUGACCCACAUCUGAUGACUACACCUACCGGCAUUUAUCUCAUGAUCAUUAUUUAUUGGAGUAAUCAGAUACAUGUACUUGGCCCUUGAAAUGUUUCUGGUUUGGGGUUGGACCUGACUUGACUUGGGUUAAAUGGAAAUUCACUGAAAUCAGUCCCUUCUGACCAGUACUUCAAGGGCAAACAACGCGGUCUCAGUUUUCGAUGGUGUACAUAGUCACUUGUGGAAUCAUGGCGGUUUUUCUACUACACAUGUAUGUAAUAAUUUUGACCUCACUUUUAGCGUAGCGGUAGAAAAGACGGCAAGAUCUUUGAAGUCCGUAAACUGAUGUCAUGUUGGACCCUGCCGACAAUCCCACGGGGUUUCUUAAAAGAUUCUUGACAGAUUUCUGUACUAUUUAAACAAGAUUCUGGUACGAUUCUGGUUGAUAUCUUCAGAUAGAACUUUAACCAAAAUCAUAUAAUGGCCUCGCAAUAACUGUAUUAGAGAAUGUAUAAGAUCUUGAAACAGAGUUCUAUAAGAAUCGUAGAGGGCUUUUCAUCUUAGGAUGCAGGAAUAAACGGAGCUCUUGAGGGUUCAAUAACAACGCUCGCAAGACCUUGAUACCUUCUACUGCUGCAGUAAGAGUGGUGACAUUCAUUUUGUGUCUUAUGGGGCGUGUGGACGACGGGGGAUUGGUAUCUGUGAUGGGAAAAGAACGAAGUCGGGUUUCUGUGAAGGGACUUUUUUAUUUCUUCUCAGUGGAAGUUGAUCAUGUCUCAUCUUCAUAGAUGUCUAG